AUGGGGGAUGCUCAGAUGGCUGUGUUUGGGCUGGCUGCCUCGUACCUAAGGAAGUCGGACAAGGAGCGUAUGGAGGCUUCCACGCGUCCCUUCGACAUAAAGAGGGAAUGCUUCGUCCCGGAUGCAGUGGAAGAGUUUGUGAAGGCAACCAUCACCAGCAGAGAAGGAAGCAAGGUCACUGUAGAGACGGCGAAUGGGAAGACUGUAGUUAUCAAAGAUGUCGACGUCAUGCAACAAAAUCCUCCAAAGUUUGACAAGAUCGAGGACAUGGCCAUGCUGACCUUCCUCCACGAACCAGCUGUGUUGUUUAAUCUCAAAGAGCGUUAUGCAGCAUGGAUGAUCUACACCUACUCUGGGCUCUUCUGCGUGACUGUCAACCCCUACAAGGGGCUGCCAGUCUACAACCAAGAGGUGGUUGUUGCCUACAGAGGAAAGAAGAGGGCUGAAGCUCCUCCUCAUAUCUUCUCCAUCUCUGAUAAUGGCUACCAGUAUAUGCUGUCAGACCGGGAAAACCAGUCUAUUUUGAUCACUGGAGAAUCUGGUGCAGGAAAGACUGUCAACACAAAGAGAGUCAUCCAGUAUUUUGCAAGUAUUGCAUCUGGAGGCAUGAAGAAAGACCCCAAUGCCAAAGACAAGGGUUCUCUGGAGGAUCAAAUCAUCCAGGCUAACCCUGCUCUGGAGGCCUUUGGUAAUGCCAAGACCAUCAGGAAUGACAAUUCUUCCAGAUUUGGUAAAUUCAUUCGAAUUCAUUUUGAUACCAGGGGAAAGUUAGCCUCUGCUGAUAUUGAAACAUACCUUCUGGAGAAAUCUCGUGUGGUCUUCCAGCUCAAGGCUGAGAGAGAUUACCACAUCUUCUACCAGAUUCUGUCCAACAAGAAGCCUGAACUCCUGGAGAUGCUGUUGAUUACAAAUAAUCCCUAUGACUACCCGUUCAUCUCUCAGGGGGAAACCACAGUGGCCUCUAUUGUUGAUGCAGAUGAACUGGAGGCAACAGAUAGUGCCUUUGAUGUGUUGGGCUUUACUCAAGAGGAAAAGAACUCUGUGUACAAGCUGACUGGUGCCAUCAUGCAUCAUGGAAAUAUGAAGUUCAAGACCAAGCAGCGAGAGGAGCAGGCAGAGGCUGAUGGCACUGAAGAUGCUGACAAAAUUGCAUAUCUGAUGGGCCUGAACACUUCCGACCUCAUCAAAAGUCUCUGUCACCCGAGAGUCAAAGUCGGAAAUGAGUGGGUCACAAAGGGACAAAGUGUUGCUCAAGUGACCUACUCUGUUGGAGCUCUAUCAAAGGCUGUUUAUGAAAAGAUGUUCCUGUGGAUGGUGAUAAGAAUCAACCAGUCACUGGAGACCAGACAGCCUCGCCAGUACUUUAUUGGUGUACUGGACAUUGCUGGAUUUGAGAUCUUUGAUUUGAACACCUUUGAGCAGCUGUGCAUCAACUUCACCAAUGAAAAACUGCAACAGUUUUUCAACCACCACAUGUUUGUGCUGGAGCAAGAAGAGUACAAGAAAGAGGGCAUUGAAUGGACUUUCAUCGAUUUUGGCAUGGAUUUGCAGGCCUGUAUUGACCUGAUUGAAAAGCCCAUGGGUAUCAUGUCCAUCCUUGAAGAGGAGUGCAUGUUCCCCAAAGCCUCUGAUAUUACCUUUAAAUCCAAGCUCUAUGACAACCAUCUUGGGAAGUCUGGUAACUUCCAGAAGCCCAGAGGUAUCAAAGGAAAACCAGAGGCCCACUUUGCCCUGAUGCACUACGCUGGAACUGUUGACUAUAAUAUCAUCAACUGGCUGGUGAAAAACAAGGAUCCUCUGAAUGAGACUGUUGUUGGAUUCUACCAGAAAUCCAAUCUCAAGCUGUUAUCCAUCCUGUUUAUUAAUUAUGCUGGAGCUGAUGCAGGUGAGGAUCACGAAGGCAAAAAAGAGAAGAGAAAGAAGAAGGGUGCAUCGUUUCAGACUGUGUCCGCACUUCACAGGGAAAACCUGAACAAGCUGAUGACCAAUUUGAGGUCCACUCACCCUCACUUUGUACGCUGCAUCAUCCCCAAUGAGACCAAGACUCCUGGGGCCAUGGAGAACCCUCUGGUGAUGCACCAGCUGCGCUGUAACGGUGUGCUGGAAGGCAUCAGGAUCUGCAGGAAGGGCUUUCCCAACAGGAUUCUGUAUGGAGAUUUCAAACAGAGAUAUCGCAUUCUGAAUGCCGCUGCCAUUCCUGAUGGCCAGUUCAUCGACAGCAGGAAGGGAGCUGAGAAACUUCUUGGGUCUCUGGAUAUUGACCACAAUCAGUACAAGUUUGGACACACAAAGGUGUUCUUCAAGGCUGGUUUGCUGGGUCUGCUUGAGGAGAUGAGAGACGAGCGUCUCUCCAAAAUCAUCACUGCUAUUCAAGCCAGAUCCCGUGGCCUCUUGUCUCGUAUUGAGUAUCAGAAGAUUGUGGAACGCAGAGAAGCAUUAUUGGUGAUCCAAUGGAAUGUCCGUUCAUUCAUGGUCAAGAAUUGGCCCUGGAUGAAGCUGUUCUUCAAGAUCAAACCCCUAUUGAGAUCGGCUGAAUCAGAAAAGGAAAUGGCCAACAUGAAGGAAGAAUUCCUGAAGCUGAAGGAGGCCUUUGCAAAAUCUGAAGCUCGCAGAAAGGAACUGGAGGAGAAAAUGGUUUCUCUGCUUCAAGAGCAGAACGACCUGCAGCUCCAUGUUCAAACAGAGCAAGAUAAUCUCUGUGAUGCAGAAGAAAGAUGUGAGGGGCUGAUCAAGAGCAAGAUCCAGCUGGAGGCAAAAGCCAAAGAGCUCACGGAAAGGCUGGAGGAUGAGGAGGAGAUGAAUGCUGAAAUGACUGCAAAGAAGAGGAAGUUGGAGGAUGAGUGCUCUGAGCUGAAGAAAGACAUUGAUGACUUAGAGUUAACUCUGGCUAAGGUGGAGAAAGAAAAGCAUGCCACAGAGAACAAGGUAAAGAACCUGGUGGAAGAGAUGGCUGGUCAGGAUGAAAUCAUUGCUAAGUUGACCAAAGAAAAGAAAGCCCUACAGGAAUCUCAUCAGCAAACACUGGAUGAUCUUCAGAGUGAAGAAGACAAAGUCAACACUCUAACCAAGGCCAAGACUAAGCUGGAGCAGCAAGUGGAUGAUCUUGAGGGAUCUCUUGAGCAAGAGAAGAAGGUUCGAAUGGACCUUGAGAGAGCUAAGAGAAAGCUGGAGGGAGACUUAAAGUUGACCCUGGAGACUUUAAUGGAUUUAGAAAAUGACAAGAUACAACUGGAGGAGCACCUGAAAAAGAAAGACUUUGAGAUCAGCCAGCUGAACGGGAAAAUUGAAGAUGAUCAAGCAAUCAUCAUUCAACUACAGAAAAAGCUGAAGGAGCUGCAGGCUCGCGUAGAGGAGCUUGAAGAAGAGCUUGAAGCAGAGCGAGCUGCUCGGGCUAAGGUGGAAAAGCAGAGAGCCGAAUUGGCCAGAGAGCUGGAGGAGAUCAGUGAGAGGCUGGAGGAAGCUGGUGGAGCAACAUCCGCCCAGAUUGAGAUGAACAAGAAGAGAGAGGCUGAGCUACAGAAACUCCGCAGAGACCUUGAAGAGGCUACUCUGCAGCAUGAAUCCACUGCUGCCACACUCAGGAAGAAACAAGCUGACAGUGUGGCUGAUCUGGGAGAGCAGAUAGACAACCUGCAGAGAGUCAAGCAGAAACUGGAGAAGGAGAAGAGUGAGCUCAGACUGGAGCUGGAUGAUGUGGUGUCCAAUAUGGAACACAUAGCCAAGUCAAAGAUCACCUUGGAAAAGACCUGCAGAACUUUGGAAGAUCAAAUGAAUGAAUACAGGAGCAAGUGUGAUGAAUACCAGAGAUCUAUUAAUGACUUCACCACUCAGAGAGCCAAGCUUCUAGCUGAGAAUGGUGAGUUUUCAAGACAGCUGGAGGAGAAAGAAUCUCUUGUUUCUCAGUUGACCAGAGGAAAAAAUUGUUACACUCAACAACUUGAAGAUAAAAGACAACUAGAGGAGGAAGUAAAAGCAAAGACUGCUUUAGCCCAUGCAGUGCAGUCUGCUCGUCAUGACUGUGAUCUGCUCAGGGAGCAGUAUGAGGAGGAACAGGAGGCCAAGUCUGAAUUGCAGCGUGGCAUGUCCAAGGCCAACUCCGAGGUGGCUCAGUGGAGAGCUAAGUACGAAACUGAUGCCAUCCAAAAGACUGAGGAACUGGAGGAGGCCAAGAAAAAGUUGGCUCAGCGUCUGCAGGAUGCCGAGGAGGCUGUUGAAGCAGUGAAUGCUAAGUGUUCCUCUCUGGAGAAGACCAAACACAGGCUGCAGAAUGAGAUUGAAGAUCUCAUGGUGGAUGUGGAGAGGUCUAAUGCUGCUGCUGCUGCUCUGGACAAGAAGCAAAGAAACUUUGACAAAGUCCUGUCUGAGUGGAAACAGAAGUAUGAAGAGUCUCAGUGUGAGCUGGAGAGCUCUCAGAAGGAAGCCAGGUCUUUGAGCACAGAGCUCUUCAAACUGAAGAAUUCAUAUGAGGAGUCACUGGAUCAUCUGGAUACCAUGAAGAGAGAGAACAAGAAUCUUCAGGAGGAGAUGUCUGACCUCACUGAGCAAAUUGGAGAGGGAGCAAAAAGCAUUCAUGAGUUGGAGAAAGCCCGCAAGCAGCUGGAGCAAGAAAAGAGUGAGAUUCAGUCUGCACUCGAGGAAGCAGAGGGGUCUCUUGAGCACGAGGAGGGAAAGAUUCUAAGAGCCCAGCUUGAGUUCAACCAGAUUAAGGCAGACAUGGAGCGCAAACUAGCUGAGAAAGACGAGGAGAUGGAGCAGUCCAAGAGGAACCUGCAGAGGAUGAUUGACACCCUGCAGAGCUCUCUUGAUGCGGAGACUCGCAGCAGGAAUGAGGCUCUCCGUUUGAAGAAGAAGAUGGAGGGAGACCUGAAUGAGAUGGAGAUCCAGCUGAGCCAGGCAAACAGGCAGGCGGCUGAGGCUCAGAAACAGCUUAAAUCUGUCAUUGCACAUCUGAAGGACGCCCAGCUCCAGCUUGAUGACUCUCUUCGAUCCAAUGAAGAGCUUAAGGAGAACAAUGCCAUUGUUGAGAGACGCAACAACCUGCUUCAGGCCGAAGUAGAGGAGCUCAGGUCUGCUCUGGAGCAAACUGAAAGAGGCCGCAAACUAGCUGAGCAAGAGCUGCUGGAUGUUAAUGAACGGGUGCAGCUACUGCACUCACAGAACACUAGCCUGAUAAAUCACAAGAAGAAGCUGGAGGCUGAUACAUCCCAGCUUCAGACUGAAGUGGAGGAAGCAGUGCAGGAGUGCAGAAAUGCUGAGGAAAAGGCUAAGAAAGCCAUCACUGAUGCGGCCAUGAUGGCAGAGGAGCUGAAGAAAGAGCAGGACACCAGCUCUCACCUGGAGCGCAUGAAGAAGAACAUGGAGCAAACCAUCAAAGACCUGCAGCACCGUCUGGAUGAAGCUGAACAGAUCGCCAUGAAGGGAGGCAAGAAGCAGAUCCAGAAGCUUGAGGCCAGGGUGAAGGAGCUGGAAAAUGAGGUGGAACUGGAGCAAAAGAAAAGCACCGAAGCUGUGAAAGGCAUCCAUAAAUACGAACGCCGUAUGAAGGAACUUACCUAUCAGAGUGAGGAAGAUCGCAAGAAUAUUGCCCGACUCCAAGACCUGGUAGAUAAGCUGCAGUUGAAGGUUAAAUCUUACAAGAGAACUACUGAGGAGGCUGAGGAACAGGCUAAUGUUCACCUCGGUAAGUUCCGGAAGCAGCAGCACGAGCUGGAUGAGGCUGAAGAGAGAGCUGACAUUGCAGAGACUCAGGUCAACAAGCUGCGUGCCAAGACCCGUGAUGUGGGCCCCAAGAAAGUGUUUGAGGAAGAGUGAAGCUUUGGAGCCUGGCAGAAAUCCCUUAGCCCGCUGUGUGCUGUAGAACAGAGUAUAAGGCCAACAUGGGAGAAAAUUGUAGGAUUUCGAGAAUAAAGUUGUAAUAUUUAGAGAAAAAAGGGCAUUGUAUUGCAACUACAAACAUGUUUUCUAAUUAGAAUAAAGUCAUUAUAUUUCAAGUUGUAUUAUGACACAAAUGUAGUUGUAAUUUCAUGUGGAAGUUCAACAAAACAGUUGGAAAACACAUUGACACAUACAUCUUCACCACCUGAUAAAGUGCAGCUAUACACACACUUCACUUAGGAAGUACAGGGAAGGUAACCAGUCAGAAUAACUGAGGGCUUCAGUGGCCUGUGGACUGUUCAAAAAGAUAAUCUAAGUAUGCACAUGAAAUUGAAUAGGAACUAUACGCAUAAUAUCAUUCAAAGCAACCUAUCAUAUUGAGACUUUAUUUUCAAAAUAUUAUGACUUAAUAUUGGAAAUCUCAGAUUGGGAUUUUUUCCCAAUAGAGGCCUUAAUACUCCAUUGUAUUGAUUCCCUUUGCCAUCACUAUUCACAACCUGUAAUGCUUA